AAAAUUACUCGGUAGUUUACUAAAACUUGACUUGAAAAAAUAAGUUGAGUUUACUAGAAAUUAUAUUUAUUCAUUAUUCUGAAAUCUAUUAUCAUCAGUAGACGUACAGCACAAAAAAAUUAAGAGCUCUACAUAUAGACAGAAAGUAUCUCAAGUGUCCCACCCACCUUCAUAGAUUCCUUGCUCAGUGCACCUUCAUAUAGUUGUAUGAUGUACGAUGUACCCAUAAAAUUAUAAAUAGAGGGAAAUCACUAGCAUGUUAUCGGUGGGUUAGUUUAAUUUCUAAUAAUACAAACAGUAAACAAAAUCAAAAACGAUAAUCGAUGGCUUGCAACUCUUGUGCAAAACCCUAUACAUUAUUUAGGAAAGAAAAAGGAUGCCCUAAUUGUGGUUUUAGUUAUUGUUCAAAAUGCUUACAUCACACUAUAUUUAUUAAUAAACACGAUGCUAACAAAAUGAAGGUAUGCACUAAAUGUAGUAACACCCUUACUAAUAUAAAUAAAUCUAAACCUUUGCAACCUCCAGAUGCAUAUUACAAGCGGAUUGCAAUGACAUCAAAUGAAAAUAGCAAUACUAACAAUGAACUAGAAGAGGAGUUACAUAGAAGAUUGAAAAGUUUAAAGGAUGAUAGAAAUAUUACUGCUGCGAAAACUUCUAUCAAUGACAUGAUUCAGGAAAAAUUACAAAAUCUAAAAGGUGUGCAACCUACAACAUCAGAUGCUGAAUUGCAGUCAAGGUUAGCAAAUCUUAGAGGUGUGCCCAUCAUUGACUCCCAGACAAAACCUACGGUUUUUACUUCUGAUCUCAGAACAGAACAAGAGCAAGCUGAUGAUCUAUUGAAAAGCUAUUUGGAACAAGCAAAAAUUGAUAAAAAAUAUAAACAGGGAUUUGAUAAGAACAUUGAAGAUAUCGAAUCGAGAGUGCAUAAACUGAAAGGUCAAACUGCAGAUAAAUCCACUACAAAGCAUGAGGCAGACUCCGACUCUACAGAUGAAGAGAUAGAAAUAGCAAAGCUCAUUGAAAAGGUAAAGGUAGAAUCAUCUCUAUUAGCAGAAGAUGAUAUAUCAUCGCCAUCACAAAAUGAGGAGUUACCAUUUUGUGAAAUUUGCAAUGAAGAUGCCAAAAUGAGAUGCUUAGGUUGUCGUUAUUUAUUCUGCAAAAGAUGUUUUAUGGAACAUAGAGAUGAUGAUGAUGGAUGUAACAAAUAUGUACCAUAUGGAUCAACUCAAACAGAGGAUAGUAUUUAAAAGAGCAUCAUACUUUAACAUUUACUUCAUAACAUGUUUGAAAAUGAUAAUCAUUGCAACUACACAUCAUUUUAUAGGUUUGACAAUGAAUUGCUA